AUGAGUUCAUUUUUCAAAAGACCCUCAUGGGCAAUCAAGCAACCUGAUGAUACUGGAACUGAAUUUUAUCGACGCUCAAAGCAAACCUACUCGGACAUUGUUGCAGCGAACCGAGAAGCACACAAAAAGCCCAAAAACCCAGAAAGCAUUAAUGAUGGACAAAAGAAGCGACGCAUUUCCGAGGGAGAAGAAGAGGUCAGCAACAGUGGGCGAGAUGAGUCUGAUGAGAAGUCUCCAGCAAAGCCACAGGAGCUCUCGAACUCUUCACAUUCCUCAUCAUCCCCCGAGCCAAUCAAUCAAUAUGAGACUAUACAAAGCCGCAGCCCAGAGAGUACAUUGUCCGUGCCACGGGAGAAGUUGAAAUCACUCGAGGCACAAGUCCCUCCACCCCUUCAACCGUCAAACCAACCAACGAUUGACCUGGAAAUUCUAAGCCCUCGACCUGCUCAAUCAAAACCACCAACAACCCCAACAACCCCAACAACCCCAACAACCCCAACAACCCCUCCGGUCGAUGAUCCGGUGGUCCAGAUCAUGAUAUCAUCGGAAAUUGCGAACACAAAACCACUACUUGUUCAGCGGAAAAUGUCUCAGGGACUAAGAGAGGUGCGUCUGGCAUGGUGCAACCGCCAAAACUUUGCACCAGAGAUACAAUCAUCAAUUUAUCUGACCUGGAAGGGCCGCCGCCUAUUCGACGUGACCACUUGUAGGAGUCUGGGGAUUCGUGCUGAGAGUGGCUCGAUGGCAACUCUCGGCAUCGAUGACCCUUUUUCCGACGAGCAAGAGCUACAGAUCCAUAUGGAAGCAGUCACUGAUCAGCUUCAUUUGACCAAUCGACAAAGCGUUCCGGAUAACAACAAACUGCCUAACACAGUAACAACCCCCUCCGGAGACGACCAGGGUGAGCCAAUGAAACUUAUUUUGAGAAGUCCUGGAUUUGAAAAUUUCAAGAUCAAAGCAAGACAAAACACUUUGAUCUCCCGACUCAUAUCUGCUUUUCGAGACAAGCAGAAUAUCCCCAAUGAUAAAUCCAUCAAUCUUCUAUUUGACGGUGACAGACUUGAUCCUGAUUCUUGCCUUGGAGACCAUGACAUUGACGAUUUAGAUCUGGUGGAUGUCCAGAUCAGAUAG